AUGGUACAAGUAAACUAUCACAAGCAUAGACAAGAGCAGCAAUAUAAACGACGAGAAAUAAGCCGUAUUAAAAGACAGCAAGCCUGUAUUGAGAAAGAUACUAAAGCAAAAGAAGCUAAUAUUCCAUUACGCAUUUUAGAACUAAAAAAUGAAUUCAAUUUAUUAAAAAAACAAUAUGCGAAUUGGCCCCAACCAAUUGAUAAAAUAAUCGCAAAUAAUGUGUUAGCAGAGUUUCGAGACAAUACCAGUUGCAAUAAGUUACGGGAACUAUGUUGUGCAAUUUGUUCUGGCUUGUUUUCCCAAGAAUAUUUGACCAUCAAAAAUACAAGAAAGAUACAUUUGCCAUUGCUUGAAAUCAAUAAAGCGUUCGAAAGAUCAUUUUUUGAAAUUGACUUUACAUACAGACACCCGCAUAUUGAUGGCAGUGACUGUAAAAUCUUAUUAGAUAGGAAUGGAUUUAUUAACCAAAAUUCGAAUAAUAAUGAAAAUCCGUUUGACCUUCAAGUAUGCUAUAGUUGUAAACGAUCUUUGGAUAUGAAUAAAACUCCACUGUUCUCCCUAGCUAAUACGUGGAUUGGACCGACACCACCGUGUCUUCAAGGAUUAACGAUCCUGGAACAACUUUUAAUUUCCACAGGCUACUUGUGUAUAAAUCUUAUUCAACUUACUAAUCAAAAACAUACACACUAUAAAGUAAAGGUUGUGUUUAUUGGAGAAGGGCAACCGUCAGAAGAACAAUUAAAAAAAGUAUUACAUGUAAGAAAACAUAAAGUCGUUAUUGCUUUAAACUGGUUAAUGGAACAUAAUGUUUUGUACAAAAAUGUUAAACUAAAUGAAAUAAUAUUAAACUCUUUACUAGAAAAUGAAAUACCGAUUGCUUUAAAAGCAACUACUGUAGUAGUCAAUAUUAACCCAGAAGAAAUACAACAUCAUACUGGGUACAUGGUGGACCUGGUAGAUAAUGAUGACAACUAUGUGGAAGAUAAACUCAAUAAUGAAGAAGAAGUUUUUAACUAUAAUGAAUUGUAUAAUCCUAAAAUAGUACAAGAAUCAUCAAACAAUGGAAAGGAUUCUUCAGAAGUAAUCCUAAUACCACAUUCAAAUAAACCUAUAAAUAAGUAUACUGAUUCAACACUUCUUCCUGUUGGAAUUCUGGUUUUGUUUCCUUAUGGAAUUGGUGGCCACAAAGAUAAAUUUCGCAAACAACACAUACUAUUUAAACAGUAUAUUAAGCAUUUAUUGCAACUUUAUGAUUGUAAAUUUAGAUAUCAUCAUUCAUUUAUUUUUGCUACAUUUGAUAUUCUACAAAGAAAAGACAUUGCUUCAAAAACAUAUUUGAUGGCAAAACAUGCAAAUUUCAAAAGGUCUGCUGAAUUAAUUUCAGAACUUGUACCACAUAAUAUAAAAAUUGCAAUCAAACAAGAACAAAAUAAUCAACCUGUAACUAAUAAAUUCGUACUUGAGUUAUUAAGAAAUGUUAAUAUUGUUGGAGAAAAGAUCAUGGGGUCACAUCAAUCAUGCAACUGUCUUUGUAAUGAAAUUCAUGCUGUUACUAUACAAGAUGGUACACCUUUAUUAUUCUUAACAAUUAACCCUACAGAUCUUCACAAUCCAAUCGUGAUGAUGUAUGUAGGAAAAGAAAUUGAUAUAAAUGCUUUAUUCCUAGAAAAUUUCUCUACAGCAACUAAAAGGGUUAGAUUAGCUCAUCUUGAUCCAAUUGCGGUAGUUAAAUAUUAUAAUAUACUUACAAGACAUAUAAUUAAAUUUAUUCUUAGCUACAGAAGAUCAAAUGGUGGUGUAUUAGAUGAAAUAAAAAAUUAUUAUGUCGUAACUGAAUACCAAGAUCGUGGUACACCACACUGUCAUAUCUUAGUUUGGCUCCAUGGAGCUUCCAACCCUAUUGAAAUACAAGAUUGUCUCCAGUAUGAUAAAGAUUUCAGAAUACAGUUAAUGAAUUAUGUAAAUGAAAUUGUCAAAGAAGAUAUUAGUUACUUAUUUCCUAAUGGUAAUUACAUAACUGAUAAAAUGUUGAAUGCUGAGUAUAAAACACAAAACACAAUGUUAGAAAAAAAAAUACACACAUCAUUUUUACCAAUCCCAAAUCCUCAAACUCCAACUUUCAAUGAAAACUUUCGACUUGACAUUCUUGCAAUCACAAAACUCACACUAGUUCAUAAGUGCACUAGAUCAUGUAAAAAAUAUCAUCAUGGUAAAAUGACAAACUGUCAUUUUGAUUUUCCUUAUGAAUUAGUUAAAGCACCUGGAAAGAUUUAUCCAGAACUAGGGAUUAUUGUUCUUCAAUGUCUUAAUGCUUACAUAAAUAAUCAUAAUCUCUACAUAACUACCAGUUGCUAUAAGAAUAAUAAUAUCAAAUUUAUCGCAACUGUUAAAUUAGUGCUAGCAUACAUCCAUUAUAUCACAGACUAUAUAACUAAAACUGAUAUAAAUACUCAUAAUUCAUUUCUUAUGUAUGCCAUAAUCCUAAACAAAUUUAUAAUGCAAACAUCAGAUGAAUUAUCAAGAGAAUAUGUAAUAAAAUCAUGGCAGUUAAUUACAAUAUGCCUUAAUAAAAUUAUAGAACAAGCUGAAAUGACUGGACCCCAGAUAUUAGCAUGUCUUUUAAACAUUAAUGAUCAUUAUACGCCAAACAAAUUUGUUUUGAUUUACCUCGAUUCUUUUGAAACAUAUCUAACUUUACAAUAUCCGAUAGAAUAUUCCUCCAAGUUAACAAAUUUAGAAGACCAAAACAGUAACACUGCUAAUAAGAAAGAAGCUUAUCAAGAAAAUGAAAUUAUUAGUGAUGAAAUGUUUACAAUAGCUAAUUCAGGAAAUAGAAUAACUGCAGAUAACUUACAAAUUGAUUAUAU